AUGCAUAACUACACAUGCAUCAAAAAUCAAGGUCCGUUAUGUCAAUUCAAUCCAACCUCAUAGCUCCGUUGAAAUCAUACCAAUAUAUACACAUAUAUGCACACACAGUUCCGUCCUACCGGCUUCGGUGGGACCGCCGGCCCUAUUUGUUAACCAUCAACCUCCUUAUUCAUCAAUCUCUAUGUCAUGGAUGUGUAUAUAUAUAUAUAUAUAUAUAUAUUAUACACACAUAAUAUGUUCUGCGGAGUUGUAGAGUUCAGGGACUGUUAAAGAGGUGGGAGGGGAAAUAUCGGAGAUGAAUUCGGCUAAGAAUAGGAAGAAGAGGUCUUUUUCGUACAUGCCGAAAUUUGGGUGCUUCAGUUCGGACUAUGAUAAACCGACGGUCGAGAGAUCGGACGGUGCUGGGAAUUUCGAUAUGGAGUCCGGUUGUACCGGAAAGGAUCGGUCGCCGACUCACCUGGUGAUUAUGGUCAACGGCAUCAUUGGGAGUGCUCAGAAUUGGAGAUUUGCUGCAAAGCAAUUCUUGAAGAGGUAUCCUCAAGACAUUAUCGUUCACUGCAGUGAGUGUAAUUCUUCAAUGUUAACAUUUGACGGUGUUGAUGUAAUGGGAAAGAGACUAGCGGACGAGGUGAUAUCUGUUAUAACCCGUUAUCUAGAUCUUCAGAAAAUAUCUUUUAUAGCUCACUCACUUGGUGGCCUCAUAGCAAGAUAUGCUAUUGCUAAGCUUUAUGGUCAAGAUAUCCAAAGGAAACCUUCUCAAGGAAAUGGAGAAUGUGGAAGUGAUAAAUCUAAUCAUCCAUGCUCGGAAGAGAAAUUUAAAGGCAAAAUUGCUGGACUGGAACCCAUGAAUUUCAUAACCGUGGCAACACCACACCUUGGUUCAAGGGGACAUAAGCAGGUCCCAAUGUUUUGUGGCUUUUACACUGUGGAGAAGGUAGCAUCUCGGACAUCAUGGCUUUUUUCAAGAACUGGGAAACAUUUAUUUUUGACAGAUUGUGAUAAGGAAAAAUCCCCUCUUCUAGUUCAGAUGGUCAAUGACUAUGAAGAUCUUAAAUUUAUGUCUGCUUUACAGUCAUUCAGGCGUCGUGUUGCCUAUGCAAAUGCCAAAUUUGAUCAUCUUGUGGGAUGGAGUACAUCAUCGAUCCGGCGCCGAAAUGAGCUCCCAAAGCGUCAACAUCUUUCAAAAAAUGACAAAUAUCCACAUAUUGUAAAUGAGGAAGCAGCAAAAACUGUGGAUUCUGAAGAAGAAUUCUCUUUGGAGACCAAAGUCGAUGGAUAUAAGACAAUUGACAUGGAAGAGACAAUGAUCAGAGGUCUUACAAAGGUGAGCUGGGAACGGGUUGAUGUUAGCUUCCGUGGUAGCAAACAAAGAUUUUUUGCGCACAAUACGAUCCAGGUAAAAACCUACUGCAUCAAUUCUGAUGGAGCCGAUGUGAUACAACACGUGAUCGACAAUUUUCUCUUGUAGAAGUCCAUAAUUGUGUAUCUUUGUACACCAAUAAGCCAAUAGUCUAGCGGUGUCAGGCUCUUACUUCCCAAAAAGAGGUCAAGGAUUUGAACUUUGGUGGACUUACGUGUGUUAUAGUAACAAUUAAUAAAUAAAAAUUGUGCAUCUUGUACCAUCAAAUUAUGUAAAUUAUUCCUUCUAAAUAUGAAAAUGUAAAAGAAGGCUUGAGAAAUAAUGAGGAGAUCUAGUUAGUGAUCAACUUCAGCAUGUUGAGUGUGUGUGUGUGUGUGUGUGGGUGUGUGUGUGAGAGAGAGAGAGAGAGUGUGUGUUACACUGCCUGCCCACCAGGAGGAGUAAAUAGAUCUGUGGGAGGGCUGGCUGAAUCAAUAAUGUAUGGACAACUUCUGAGAGUAUCCUUGUGCAAUAAAUUUUACCAAACAUUAUUUUA